AUGUCACCCAUAGUUGGCACAGCACAGCACGAGACUAAGGAUGCGGACAUGGAGCCACGCGCAGAGGCCCCGGAGAGGAAGCACAAUGGACUAAGUUCAAUGAAAAAGGCGGCAGCAGGCGCCUCCUACACGUCCUCCUCAGAGCAGGUGAAAACACUGUUCAGCCUCGAGUCUGGGCAAAACAGUGUGGACCCCUGGAGGCGAGUCCGGAGGGAGGGAGCCUUUCCCAGCUAG